GUGAAUCUUCUAAGAAAGCUUGUUAUUUGCUCACAAGCAGGAAGGAAAAAUGCUUUUUUUCACCCUGUGGAUGGGAGCUCUCCUACAGUUUUGUCCUGCGAUGAUUUACACGAACAACUGGGCCUUAAAAAUAAGAGGGGACCUUGAGCUGGUGAACAGGAUAGCGGAGAAAUAUGGAUUCACCAAUAUGGGACAGAUCGGAGACCUAAAGAGUUACUACAGUUUCCGUCACCUGAAGACGGCAAAUCAUUCCACUGAAAGCAACACAGAAGUGACAAACCACAUCGCAAAGGAGACCAAGGUGGAAUGGCUCCAACAGCAGGUGGUCCACAGAAGAGCAAAGAGGACCUCUGGAAAGAGUCACGUCUAUUCUUCUAACAUAGAGCCCAAGGAC